UCCAUCUCUUUUUAUAUUUCUCAUCAUAUUUUACUGCCACGGCUGUAGAUACCUACUACACAGAUAACUACAUGUUAUCUUAACAAUAUUAUUUAUUUAUAUUAAUUUUGUAAACAAGUAACGAAAAUCAACACGUACAAUAAUAAAAACAUUUUUUAAUUAUACGUAACAACUAUUACCCACUUUGAAUUUUUGAGGUUGCGUUUUAUUUCGAGAUCACAAAUUCAUUUAAUAAUUAAAUCAAAGUUGUAUUAAAAGUUCAUCAAUACUAAUAAGUAGAUUAAAUGAAUCAUGUUACCGGAAUCUACAACUAUUUAUCAUGAAAAACAAUCCAAGGAGUUAUGUGCAUUACACGCUCUCAACAAUUUGUUUCAAUCAAAAGAGGCAUUCAAGCAAAUGGAACUUGAUGCUAUAUGUUUUUCACUGUCACCCAACAACUAUAUAAAUCCACAUCGUUCGAUUUUAGGUAUCGGUAACUAUGAUGUCAACGUUUUGAUUGCUGCAUUACAAAACAAAGGCUAUAGUGCCUUUUGGUUUGAUAAAAGAAAGGACCCAAAAAUGUUGAAAUUGGAUAAAAUAUUUGGGUUUGUAAUGAACAUACCCAGUGAAUGUCGUUUAGGAUUUUUAUGGUUACCAUUAAAACGAAGACAUUGGAUAUCUAUCAAAAAUAUUAAUGGAAUUUAUUACAAUCUAGAUUCAAAAUUACCUAAUCCAUCACCAAUUGGAAAUGAAGAAGAUCUUUUUAAUUAUUUCAGAAACCAACUUCAUAUAAAUGACAAUCAAUUAUUUGUUGUUGUUACUGGUGAUAAUUAUAAUUGGAUUGCAUCAGAAGACUCUUCAGUUGAUCAACAACAAAUACAGUCACUUGAUAACAGAUAGUUAAUAUAAAUUAUCAAUAAUUUUUUUUAUAUCAUAAAAUGUAUGCAACAUAUUACCAAAAUAUAUGAGCCAAACCAUUCACUGA